AUGAUAUUUGAGGAUGUGGCUGUAUACCUUACCCAAGAGGAAUGGAGCUGUCUAGGCCCUGCUCAGAGAGGCCUCUACAGGGAUGUGAUGCUAGAGAAUUAUGGGAACAUUGUCUCACUAGGAUUUCCAGUGCCCAAACCUAAUGUGAUUUCCUUGCUGGAACGAGGGGAGGAGCCCUGGGUCUUAGAUAAACAAGGAGCUAAGGAAAGAAAUAUUUUUAGAGACAACUGUUCAGUUCAUGAAACCAACACUGAGAAUUUAUCCCAGAAGCUGGAACCUUCUAAAGAAAGGAAAUUUCAUGGAAUGGUGUCCAAAAGAAUUAUUGGGGAUGACUUCCAGGGACUUGACUUUGGAGAAACCUGGGACUAUGAAAGAGCAUUAGACAAACAUAAAAAAAAUCUUACAGUUGGGAUAAGGAAGAAUUCCUUUUGCCAAGAGAGUGGUCUCAGACCAAACAAGAUCUCUAAAAAAACUUUUAUGGGUCAGAGAAAUCAAAAGUGUAAUGAAUUUCAGGAAAGUUUCAGCCUGGGCUCAAACCCUGUCAGGCAUGAGAACAUUCCUACAGGAGAAAAACUCUAUCAAGAUAUUACACAUGACUUAAAUUUCAAACAGAAUUCAAACUUGGUUAAAUAUCAGAGAAUCAAUGUGAGUGGGGAAUCAUGUAAAUCUAACAUAUAUGGGAAAGCAUUCAGAGAGAGUUCAACCUUUAUUGAACGUCAGAAAAUUCAUAGUGGAGAGAAACCCUAUGAGUGUGAUAAAUGUGGGAAAACUUUCAGUCAGAGCUCAAACCUUAUUGAUCAUCAGAGAAUUCACACAGGAGAAAAGCCCUAUGUCUGUAAAGAAUGUGGGAAAGCUUUCAGGCAGAGCUCUAACCUCAUCAAACACCAGAGAAUUCACACAGGAGAAAAACCUUAUAAAUGUAAUGAAUGUGGGAAAGCCUUUAAUCAAAGUUCUAAUCUCAUUAAACACCAGAGGAUUCACACAGUAGAAAAACCCUAUGAAUGUAAUGAGUGUGGGAAAACCUUCAGUCAGAGCUCACAUCUAAUUAGCCAUCAGAGGAUUCAUACUGGAGAGAAACCCUACGAAUGCAGUGAAUGUGUUAGAGCCUUUAGUACCCGAUCAUCUUUUAUACAACAUUGUACAAUUCAUACUGGAGAGAAACCCUAUAAAUGUAAUGAAUGUGGAAAAACCUUCAACCAGAACUCCAACCUUACUAAGCACCAGAGAAUUCACACUGGAGAGAAACCCUAUGAAUGUAGUAAAUGUGGCAAAACCUUCAACCAGAACUCCAACCUUACUAAACAUCAAAGAAUUCAUACUGGGGAGAAACCCUACAAAUGUGAUAAAUGUGGAAAAGCUUUCAGUGUUCGUUCAUCUUUUAUGCAGCAUCAUAAAAUUCACAUUGGUGAGAAAUCCAACAAUCAAUUUUAAAACCUUCAGCCAGCACUUUUUAACCUUAAUAAACAUCAAAGAAUCCACCAUGGGGAGAAACUUUGCAAAUGUGAUAAAUGCGAGGAAGCCUUCAGGAUAGGUUUAUUCUUUAUUUCACAUGUUAGAAAGCACAGUGCC